CGUGUAUAGCUAGAGCGAUGGCAGACGAUUCAACGCAGAAAGUUCUUGUAGGAAUCAUCGGAGGCAGCGGGUUGUACGACCUCGACAACCUCGGCCCUGUUAAACAAGUAAAGCCAGACACGCCAUGGGGCCAGCCGAGUUCACCCAUAACAAUUGCUCGUGCACCAGGCGGCACGCUCGUCGCUUUCCUUGCGCGUCAUGGUCCUGGGCAUGCCAUCCCGCCUUCUGCAAUUCCCUCCCGCGCGAACAUCGCUGCGCUCAAAUCUCUCGGCGUCCGCCUCAUCGUCGCAUUCUCCGCAGUCGGUUCCCUCCGCGAGGAGAUCAAACCAGGCGAUUUUGUACUCCCCGACCAGAUCAUCGACAGAACAAAGGGAAUCCGUCCUGCGAGCUUCUUCGAAGGCACAUCUGUCGUCGCCCACGCGCAGUUCGGUGAUCCGUUCGCGAUGAAACUCGUCAAAUUCCUUGAGAGCCGAGUGGGGAGGGCGUUAGAGGGCACGCAUAAGGGUCUGCAUACUGGCAAGACGAUCGUCUGUAUGGAGGGCCCACAGUUCUCUACACGUGCGGAGAGUAGAAUGUACCGUGCAUGGGGAGGUGACCUCAUCAACAUGAGCGUCCUCCCAGAAGCAAAGCUCGCACGUGAAGCAGAGAUCAGCUAUGCCCUCAUUGCGACCUCUACGGACUACGAUUCAUGGCGCGAGAACAGCGAGUCGGUCACCGCCGCUGAGGUAUUCAAAACUCUUAAGGACAACGCGGAUACGUCAAGGCACGUAACGGAGCUCAUCAUUGCUGAUUUACACGAUGCAGCAGAGAACGGCGAUAUUUUGUCUGAAGAAGCGGGAUCUAUGAAAUUCUCGAUAAUGCCAAGGUCGGAAGAACAGAAAGAUGAGGAUAGGAAGAAGCUGGCUUUUGUACUUCCCGCUUAUUUUUCGUGAAGUACAGCUACGAAUAGUAUCAAUUAGAUCUAGGUGCGACUUUGCUUGCUUAUUGUUGUCUUGAUUACUAGAAAGUAUAGAACAAAAUUGUUGCACUAUUACUUUACCGGAACCUGUGUUGACCGGCCAGAACACUGCUUCAAUUCCUUAAUAAC